AUGUCGACUCAACAGACGUCACAAACCCCGAUGAAGGGCCCACGCAAUCCUAGACGACAACAACAGAGGAAGAAGCAGACGCCUGUAUCCCAGGGCAAAACUGUUAUGCUGACCACGCCUCCUUCAUCCCCGCCGCCAACUUCGAGCCCUGGCGAGGUGUACAACGGCGACUACAACGGCUCCCGUAAACGGAAUGGAAUGCGUUCUGGCAAGAAAUCCCGCGAGAACACUCGUCCAAACAACACUGCCUACAGCAAUGGUGUGAGUCAUCGGCAUACAUCCUCCCAACCCAGUAUAGCCUCGCCGCCCCCGCUCAAAGACAGCCCGCAUUAUGCUGGCCCGACAUUUCACGCGUCUCCUGCACCGUCUGCCCUUCCGAUGCCAACAUUUUUCUCCAAAUCUGUUCCCGACUCUGGUCUUUCUACCUCCUUAGAGCUUGAAAACGAGCUGGACGAGGAGUCAGCUCUGACGCUGACUCCCUCGAAACCAAAGGCGACCAACACUCGUAUCAAUCAUGAGCCCACUCCUUUGGACUUUCUUUUCAAGGCUGCUAUUGACGCUAGAGGCAAGGCUCAGCAGAGUCCUGAGGUUGCUUCUAGAAAUUUGACGGCCAGUCAGCGGCCGGAGACUUCCGCAAAUGGUAUUUUCUCGCUUGAACUUGAUGGACCCGAAAGAAACAUGUCAACCUAUUCCAGUCCGGUUUCUUCAUACAAGGAUAAGAUGAAUGCACUUACGUCUGGUGGUAAUCAACAACAUGCGAAAGCAGAAAUGGACGACGCGCAACGAAGGGUUAAAACCGAAGAAUUAAAGCACCUGCUGCUGAAUCCACGGCCUCAGCGGCCAGCAUCGGCAUCUCCUCAGCUCAAAGGUCCUGCCCACAUUCAUUCUCACAGCAAUGGUGUGCGGUAUCCCACCAGUUCGGCCCUGAACACUUCAUCUGGACCUCCAACGCCUGUCUCUUUCAACGGCCUCACUCACCAAGAUACAUUUUCGGCACGUGGAGAAAACGGCUAUUAUAAUAAUUCUCCAGUGCAGACUAGCUUCCACAGCAAUUACCCACCCGCUUUUCAUCGGGAAUGCUCACCUUACGCAAGCCCAGUGAAUACGGCCAGAACAAACUCUUAUGGGCCGCCAUUAUCCCAGUCGCCCUUCCGAGGCACCCCGAAUUCGCAGAUAUACCAAUCGCCAACUCCUCUUAAUGCCAGAUUUCAACACACUCCACCUUCACGUCCACCAGAGCAUGACACCAAGAAAAUGGAAGAUGAUCUGAGAAGGAUACUGAAAUUGGACAUGGCUACUGGUAUACAACCCAGUGGAGUGCAGAGCUCUAUGGCUUAA